UCCUAUUGCAGACGAGGUGGUGCUGAAGAAGUGCGGGAGCCCUUCCCUCCGCCCCGGAGAAGAAGGAGAGAGUGCGGAUAAAGCCAGAUAGCGGACCGGGCUCGGCCAGGAGAGCUGGAGGGCCGGAGAGGGGCAAGAGGAGAAGAGGAGGAGGAGGAGGAGGAGGAGGCAAAGCGCCUGCAAAGAACUCCGCUGACUGCUGCCAUUCCCGCGGCGGGAGCAGCCCGAGUCGGUGCGCAGCUAUGCCGGGGGCGAGCGGGGCGCCGCGGCUGGGGGGUCCCGCGGCGCUUUAGGCAGAGCUGCGACGGGGCCGGGCAGAGGCUCGAGGGCGCCGGGCAGCCGAGCGGCGUUUCCCCGCCUUCCUUCCCUCUUUGCCUGGAGCUGGGUCCCCGAGGGGAGGAAGAAGACGCCCCCCCGGGAGAAGAAGAGGGGGAGCCAGCCGAGCGAGACCCAGGGGCUUGAGGAGGAGGAGGAAGAAGAAGAGGAGGAAGAAGGAGAGGGGAGGGGUCCCGCCGGCCCGCGGGCCCUUCGACGCGGGGCAAGGAUGAGCCUCUUGUCAGCCAUCGAGACCACCGCCGCCUCCGUCUACCAGCCGGCCCAGCUGCUCAACUGGGUCUACCUCUCCUUGCAAGACACCCACCAGGCCAGCGCCUUCGACGCCUUUCGGCCGGAGUCUUCCUCCGCGCAGCACCCGGAGCUCAGCUACCCCGCCAAGGGCAGCGCCGAGCUGGGCACCUCCUCGCUCAACUCCAGCUACCUAAACAGCUUCCUCCAGCUGCAGAGGAACGAGGCCUUGAACAGCAGUCUGUAUAAGAGUGCCUCUCCUUACGGUUCUCUUAAUAACAUCGUGGAUGGCUUGAAUUCCCUUACGGAACAUUUCUCUGACAUUUCCCUAUCAUCAGAUGCCAGAAAGCCAAGCAAGAGACCUCCGCCAAACUAUUUGUGUCACCUUUGCUUUAACAAAGGACACUACAUCAAAGACUGCCCACAGGCUCGUCCAAAAGGAGAAGGGUUGACUCCAUACCAAGGGAAGAAACGCUGCUUUGGAGAAUACAAGUGCCCCAAAUGCAAGAGAAAAUGGAUGAGCGGGAACUCAUGGGCCAACAUGGGACAAGAAUGUAUCAAGUGCCAUAUCAAUGUUUAUCCUCACAAGCAGAGACCCUUGGAAAAACCCGAUGGACUGGACGUAUCGGAUCAAAGCAAAGAACACCCUCAGCAUCUCUGCGAGAAAUGCAAAGUCCUGGGCUACUACUGCCGCCGUGUGCAAUAAAGAAACCCACGGAGACUGGGGUCUACCACCACAGAUCCUGUGGUGGUAAGCCAAAAGGGAAAGAGGAAGAGCCGUCAUCUAAGAACCU